UUCUAUCUAUAGAUAGAAUAUAAAGUUAUGAUAAAUAGAGGAAUAUUAUACACGGUUGAAGAAAUAUAUAUAUACAUGUAUACUUGUCCAGAAGAAGAAAUAGAAAUACACAUGACCUGAACACUCUCUUUUCCUGUUUGGGUGAAAAAGAGAAGAAGGUAGGUAGGUUCAAUAAUAGAAAUAGAAACAAAACAAGAAGUAGAAGAAAUUAGGAAAGAAAGAUGGGAAGGGGUAGGGUUGAACUGAAGAGGAUAGAGAACGUGAUCAAUCGGCAGGUGACUUUCUCCAAAAGGAGAGGUGGGUUGCUUAAGAAAGCUCAUGAGAUCUCUGUGCUAUGUGAUGCUGAGGUUGCUUUGAUUGUCUUCUCCCACAAAGGAAAGCUCUUUGAGUAUGCUACUGAUUCAUGCAUGGAGAAGAUUCUGGAACGCCAUGAAAGGUACAACUAUGCAGAGAGACAGCUAGCAGGAAAUGCAGAUAAUUCUGAUGAACAGGUAAAUUGGACUAUAGAAUAUACUAGACUCAAGUCAAAGAUUGACCUCUUGCAGAGAAACCACAGGCACUAUGUUGGAGAGGAUUUGGAUACAAUGAGUCUCAAAGAGCUUCAAUGCCUGGAGCAGCAGUUAGAUACUGCUCUCAAGAACAUCCGUACACGCAGAAAUCAAGUGAUGUACGAUUCUAUUUCUGACCUUCAGAAAAAGGAGAAAGUGAUUAAAGAGCAGAACAACAUGCUUGCAAAGAAGAUCAAGGAGAAAGAGAAAGAGAAAGCUGUAGCACAGGAGGCUCCUCAAUUGGAGCAGCCAAAUUACAGGGUUGAUACAUCCUUCUUACUGCACCAAGAACCCCUUCCCACUUUGAACAUGGGUGGCAAUUACCAUCAGCAAGAAGCACCAGAACUGGGGAGGAACGAUCUUGACCUCACUCUGGAACCAUUCUAUUCUUGCCAUCACCUUGGGUGCUUCUGAAAUAGCUGGAUGAUGUUAUAGAAUUACAAGCAUACAUGAAGUUAUGAACAAGUUUAUACUGUCAUGUUUGAAUGCUUUAUACAUGCAUGUUUCUAUGCCUUUGCCUAAUGUGAAGACAUUAAUAUUGAAGUAUUUUGGUUGUAAGCUAACUCAUCUUGAAUUUGUAAUCAAAUUAUGAUGGACCUUUAGAUUAUCUGUAAUGGGACUAUUUUUAAGCAGGAGACCAGGAGUCUUUUCACUUAAUCAGGAUAUGGAUAUUAUUAAAAUUAGACUUAUUAUCU